GGUUGUUUAUUGGCUACUAGAAGCACUCGCUCUUCUCAUUGGCUGACACUGCUCCGGGCGCCUCACGGGUCUCAUCAUUUCCGUUUCCUGCUCGCCUCCGGUGCCAUGGCGACCGUGAGGGGACUGAGGCAUCUGCUGACAUGUAGCAGGUGGCGCCGCGGCAGUGGAGAAGCUCCCCAGUCUCGCACGCUCGCUGCCAUCGUUCCGGGCAUAUCCCAGGUCGAUAACAAUUCCGAUUUUCUGGGAAAGACGCCCCAUCGCCGGCACCCCGGCAUCUUGCAGCUGCCAUGCAUAGAGGUGCCGCCAGCACUGGCUGCCGCUGCGCAGUUCCUGCUGCUCGGUGACUCGAUGCCCAAUGUGGAGAAGCAGGUGCAAGCACUGACCAAUUAUCUGUGGAGCCGGCGUUUACCUGUAGAGCCUCAGGAGUUGCAAAGACGGGCUGUCCAUCUUGAGAAGAAAUUCCUGGAAAACCCAGAGUUAGGUCAAUUGGAGGAGAAACUUCGUGAAGCUGUGCUGCGAGCCCUGCGCAAAACUACAUACCAUUGGCAAGAACUGAGCUACAAUGAGAGCCUGAGCCUGGUAUAUAUGGCAGCAAGACUGGAUGGUGGCUUUGCAGCAGUCUCCAGGGCAUUCCAUGAGAUCCAGGUUCGAGUUCCAGAGUUCCAGCCUCAAACCUUAAUGGAUUUUGGCUCGGGUACUGGUUCUGUCACUUGGGCUGCUCAUAGUGCUUGGGGCCAGAGCCUACGUGAAUAUUUGUGUGUGGACAGCUCAGCUGCUAUGUUGGUUUUGGCAGAAAAGUUACUGAAAGGUGGUUCAGAAUCUGGGGAGCCUUAUGUUCCAGGUGUCUUCUUCAGACAGUUUCUACCUGUAUCACCCAAGGUACAAUUCGAUGUGGUGGUAUCAGCCUUCUCCUUAAGUGAGCUUCCCAGCAAGGCUGACCGCACUGAACUAGUCCAAACCCUAUGGCGCAAGACAAAUCAUUUUCUGGUAUUGGUAGAGAAUGGAACAAAAGCUGGGCACUGCCUUCUCAUGGAUGCCAGGGACCUCGUCCUUAAGGGAAAAGAGAAGUCACCUUUGGACCCUCGACCUGGCUUUGUCUUUGCCCCAUGUCCACAUGAACUUCCCUGUCCCCAGUUGACAGCCUCUAAGCCCCUGGCCUGUAGCUUUUCUCAAGCUUACCACUGCAUCCCCUUCAGCUGGAACAAGAAGAAGCAAAAAGAUGAAAAGUUCUCAAUGGUAAUUCUUGCCCGGGGGUCUCCAGAGGAGGCUAAUCGCUGGCCCCGUAUCAUUCAGCCUGUCCUUAAACGGCCACGCCAUGUGCAUUGUCACCUGUGCUGUCCAGAUGGACAUAUGCAGCAUGCUGUGAUCACAGCCCGCCAGCAUGGCAGGGAUUUGUAUCGUUGUGCUCGAGUCAGCUCCUGGGGAGAUCUUUUACCUGUGAUCAAGCCUUCAGAGUCGGAGCUUCCUCUGUCCCCUGCUGACGACUCCCCUGGGAGUUGACAAGGAGGUGUAACAAGGAUUUUCUUACUUAGGCCUGCCAAGGCUGAAGCUCCCUGGUAUCCAGGGUGGGAGUGCUGGCAGCCCUAUGUAUGUUGGUUUGAGGCUUUAAUACUAAUAAAAAGUUUUCAAAGAGUAGAAAUGGAUCUUGUGAUUCCUAAAAGAUACAGAGGUCAGUUGUCAUGUUCAGUCCUAUAGCAGAGAGAAUUCUCAGAUAUUCAGUGCCUUAUCUUCCCACACAGGUUGCAAGAUUUUGAGAUACUGCUUCUACCAGAGACCAGGACUUCCCAAGGAAAUAAUCUGGGGCAGUAGGGAAAGCCGCCCCCAGUCUCUGAGCUCUGGCUCGGCACGUGUCACAGUUGUUUGGUGGGCUACCUAAAUAGGGGAGCCGGGCUGCCUAGCCUCUGUGUUUUUCUCCCUCCCUUCCUUCUGUCUUUCUCAGGGUUCAUCAGCUCCUCCAGGGUUUGCCUGAUACAUUUUCCUCAAGAGCCGAUCCCAUCAAGACUGAAUUUUCCAUCUCCACCCCUGUAGCUCCAGGCAAGAUCCUUCCAUUUGUUCAUUUCUCGGAUUUUCGCUAGGCCUUGCUAUUUCAGAGCUAGAGAACCUUUCUUUGUCUUAAAAUUCUCAGGCCCUCUCCCCCAGUACACAUGGUUCUGACUUACCGUGGCUUGAUUUUCAAUUUUUCAACUUUAAGAUGAUGUGAAAGUGAGGCACAUUCAGUAGAAGCCAGACUUUGAAUUUUGAAUUUGGCUCUUCUCUCAGGUCAGCAGUACGUGGUAUGAUAGUCCCUUGUGAUGCUGGGCGGCCGCAGCGCCCAGGCAAUCGCUCCAUCACGAGGGUAAACGGCUGGCACACUUCUAACCAUUCUGGUUUUCACUUCCAGGACAGUAUGUGGUAAAUUACAUGAGAUAUCAGCACUUUAUUACAAAAUAAGACUUUGAUUAAAUUAUUUUGCCCAACUGUGGGCUAAUGUAAGUGUUCUGAGCGCAUUUAAAGCUAGUCGAAGCUAGGAUUGGUAGCUUAUGUAUACUAAAUGCAUUUCAACCUAGGAGGUUUCCAAUUUAGGCUGGGCCCAUUGGAACAUCACCCCAUCAUAAGUUGUGGUAGCUAUGUAUGUAUCCAGAAACAGGCACAGUCAAAAGUUGGAACAACAUCAAUAUUGUAAUACUAGAAAUCUCAACUCCCCGCUAGAAAUUGCCAUGCCUGGAGCUAUUUCUCUGGGGUUACAGGAGAGGGGAGGCCCCUCAUCUACUAGUUUUCACAGAGUGGCGGGUGGCGGUACCACCUCUCAGCCCCACCUCCUACCCAAAGGUGGCCCCAAAUCCCCUCUGAAAAGGUAGGGUUCAGAUAUCAGCAUAACAACCUACGAGACAUAGGGUGGGGUGGAGAAGGUUUGGGAGUCUUAGAUCAAAUGUCUUAAAUAAGGCAGGACCAGGUGUUCCCAGUACAAAACAGCUGGGAAGGACCUCCAUAGACUCCCAUUUUGGAUUAGACCAGCACCAGGCAUGAAAGAAGACUGUCCACAGCAUUUGGAUUAGUCAUGGCAGUGAAGAGGAGAAGACACACAGCACAGGCUGUGCCUGGCAGGGAGUCUGGAGUUUCUGGUUUCCCAGUUCUGGAAGGCGUGAGCCAGGGGAGGGGCCUCCUGGUAGGGGGAGGGCGGGAAUCUGAGGCAGGGCCCCAGUCAGCUAUGCAAGGCUACGCAAGCAGAGGCAACACAGAACAGGAGGAUCCCAUCGCCCUCCUGGAGCUCGGGAGAGGAGAUACUCCAGCUUUGAUUGACUACUUCCACACUCCUGCUCGAAGAUCGUAACUCCCAUUUGCUAUUCUGAAGCAUCUGCUUAUCCUGUACCCC